AUGGCAACAGGCUGCUGCUCCGUGGAGAGGAACUCCCCCACACCCCCUACAACACCCCCACACCCCCUAGAACACCCCCACACCCCCUACAACACCCCCACACCCCCUAGAACUCCCCCACACCCCUACAACACCCCACACCCCAACACCCCUAGAACUCCCCACACCCCCUACAACACCCCACACCCCAACACCCCUAGAACUCCCCCCACACCCCUACAACACCCCCACACCCCAACACCCCUAGAACUCCCCACACCCCUACAACACCCCCACACCCCAAACUCCCCCACCCCCUACAACACCCCCACACCCCAACACCCCCUAGAACUCCCCACACCCCCUACAACACCCCCACACCCCCACACCCCCUACAACACCCCCACACCCCACACCCCCUACAACACCCCCACACCCCCACACCCCCUACAACACCCCCACACCCCAACACCCCCUAGAACACCCCCACACCCCAACACCCCUAGAACACCCCCACACCCCAACACCCCUAGAACUCCCCCACACCCCCAGAAAAACACCACACCCCUACAACACCCCCACACCCUAAGAAAAACCAAAACCCCACACCCCAUAGAACACAAACACACCCCCUACAACACAGCCACACCCCCAGAAAACCACCACACCCCCUGGAACACCCCACACCCAACACCCCCUAGAACUCCCCACACCCCCAGAAAAACCCACACCCCUAGAACACCCCAACACACCCCAGAAAACCACCACACCCUAGAACACAAACACACCCCCCAGACCCCCACACCCCCAGAACACAACCACCCUCCCUAG